ACAUAUGCGUUACAUGUGUAAACUUUAUCUCGUAAUCGAUAAAAUUAUAUUUUAAAUAACGCGCAUAUGCACGCAAAAAAUAAUACAAGGAAACGAAAAAUCAGAAACGUCAAAAAAUCCAAGAACGACGCGUAACAUUAAAUAACACACGAUAAAAUACACGAAGAGAGAAAACUCUAGAGGAAGGGAGAAAAUAUAGAGACAGAAUAGUGUCAAACGAGCCUAUAUGCUGAAGGCGAGCACUGUUUGUAAUAGUUACACGAUGGUGGCGACAGUGUUGUGGUAACAGCUGUAGCCGAAGGCUACACUUUCCGGAGGAUCUUGCGAAGAAUCGUGUUAAUUCAGGGUGUCGCGCCGAGGAAGCUCCUCGACUUGUUUACGAGCAGCUCGUGACGUUCGAGACAGUUACACGACGUUACGACGCGUUACAACAUCCUGGUGGGCGCCUGGUACCGCGGAUGAGAGGUGGCUAAAUGCGGUCAGUCCGUAUACAACAACAUUUCUGACACGCGCCAUGACGUCUCGCGCCUCCAGCUGAUGUCCCCUGGCCUGUUUGACAGCUUUUUGACAGUUCGUGCGGACGCUCGUUUAUUCCUGCAUCCUCGGCGGUCCCAGGUUGCGGAGGAAGAGAUGGCCGAGCUGGACGACUUGUUUCAUACAGAUCAAUAUGUGGGCCCAGAACGUCUCACCGACCUCUGCUUCAAGCUGAUCUGCGAGAAUCUGGAUAUUGUCUCAAUCAAGGGCAGACGUGGUCGUAGGAUUCUGCGGAAGGGUAUAAUCUUUCCCAGUGAGAUAUGCGACAGGAUUAUUGAGCACGCCCAGCACAGCGAGGCGACCGAGGACGACGAUUGUUUCUUCUCAAUUUUCGAGAGUUUGACAGCAACGAGGCUGAAACACGUGAAGAUCUCCUACUGUAGCCUCACCGAUGUUUCUGUCGAAACGGUGGUCAAUCACAAGCUUUACGAGCUGGAGCUCACCGAUUGCAACAACUUGACUGAAAAGUGUAUUGAGUAUAUCAAUAACAAUUCGGAGAAUCUGCACAGCUUGGCGUUUCAUCGCAUCACCACGAUUGUACCAUCAAAUUUGAAUGCAGCUGACUCGUCCAUCGAUUACUACGAACGAGGAUAUGUCUUCAAAACGCCAAACUUGAGACGUCUGGCAUUGGGAUACGUAGAAAUACCUGCGGCAGAAUAUUCCCUCCUUCUAAAGGGCUUGAUCAAUCUGACGCACCUGGACCUGUCGAAUAGUUUUAACGUCGAAACCUUCCAAUUUUAUUAUCUGGUGCCGAAUCUGGUGUCCUUAACUUUGUAUAAUGUCAAAGUCAAUACCGAUCCAAAGUCCUUUGUUGAGAAUAUCUGUCAAUUGAAGAAUUUAAGGCACUUGGAUAUCUCGCAAUCGAAUAACAAGCAUGGACAGUUUGAAAAUCCCAACAAGAUUUUAUGUGAUUUAGUAAACGGUUUACCCCAAUUGGUAUCCCUAGAUAUCGGCGGCACGAAUCUCGCGGGUAGAGGCGUAGCCGAACGUCCUGUCUAUACGAAACUUGGUGGUUUCGAAGAUUUUAAUUUCGGUCAGCUUUCUGAUAUACCGGGUCUUGCGUCUAGGAUAAACAAGCCGUUACAAUUUUUAGGACUUUACGGUACUGCUUACGGUGCUUGCAGGAGGCACGAUAUACCAGCAAAAGUGGUGGCUGGUGAUGCAAACGAAGAUCAAAUAUUGAUCGCAGCUCACGUUUGUAUGGACAAUAAGCAGGAAUUAUUGCAAAAGGUCUUGAGCGACUUGUAUCACGUAUUUAGGUAUGAAAAUUGUCAUAGAAUGGAUCAAGCCUUGUGUACCGUUUUGGAAGCGAUGGAAAAGCAUCCAGCUCAGAAGCAUAUACAAAUAUCGGGAAGCGCCACGUUAUUUUACAUAGUGAAGAUGAAGGAAAAGGGUGAACUAGUGACACGAAUGAAGAGAAGGAUUAUCAGUACCUUACUUGCUGGCAUGAGCGCGCACAGAGAUGAGGAGACUAUGAUGAGGAACGGUUGUUUAGCCUUGUGUCAAUUUCGCAUACCUCAAGAUGUGAUGUCGAAUUAUGAAGCGCUGGUGAAGGUGCUUUUACAUUCAGCCAAACAUUCGGAACCAGAGAGCUUCGUCCAAAGAAUCGGCAUAUAUCUAUUAAACUCUUUGGCUUGUCAAGUGGAAGGUAAAGAAAAGAGACUACUUGGCAAGUUGGGUUGCGUCAAGACAAUGUUAGAAUUGGUCGAAUAUAGAGUGGACUCCAACAUAUUUGAUGACGUAUUAGAAGUCGCCUGGUCGACGAUGUGGAACAUGACUGAUGAAACGUCCGUGAAUUGCCAACGAUUCCUAGAUGAAAAGGGCAUGACGCUUUUCCUUCUAUGCGUGAAGCAAUAUCCACAUAAAGAGGAGUUGCUGAGAAAUAUGAUGGGUUUGCUCGGCAACGUGGCGGAAGUUGAAUAUCUUCGGAUCCACCUUAUGCAGGAACGAUAUGUGACUGUCUUCGCCAGCUUGUUGCGCUCUAAUAGCGACGGAAUUGAGGUUCCGUACAAUGCUGCUGGAAUAUUGGCGCACAUGGCAUCGGAUGGUCUUGAAGCUUGGACGAUAGAGAAACCGACUCGCAACGAGGUGCUCAAAUACAUGGUACAGGCGAUUGAAAGUUGGGACUUGAAGGCGGAACGUAAUAUCAAUUAUCGCUCGUUCGGACCGCUAUUGCGUCUGUUGGAUGUAUAUCACACUUCACCGUGUCAACAUUGGGCUGCUUGGGCUCUCGCCAAUCUCACCAAAGUAUAUCCAUACAAAUAUUGCGCACUGGUGGUGAAGGAAGGAGGAAUGGAGAAGCUGCACACAGUAAUAGCGGAUCCCAGGCCGUACGAGCGUAUAAAGGAACUCGCGAAUUUAGUGAUCGAAAAUUGCUACCAAUACGAGACCCAUUCCGACGAUGUGAACGUUUCUCAUUCGGCCUUAGACCCGGAAUAUAGUCUCGAUGGUUAAGCGAGAGAGAUCGUUUAGAGUUAACGUACACGCGUUGCGUAACUUAUGUCGUCUCCUUAUUGUUAUAGACAAAGCAAAUUACAAUUAGUACCAUUAUAAACGAACGAACAAUAGCGGAGAAAUUUAAAUACAUAGAAGCCAGGUUUUAAACAAAAAAGGAGAAUAAAGUGUUAAAUCAACUCCUCGAAUUUCUGCGACCGAAAUAUCGAUGAAGACGAACGGAUGCUCAAUAUUAUAAUUACGAAAAAUUGUGUACGUAAUGUGUGUGUAUGUAUGUGUGUGUGCGUGUGUGUGCGUGCGAUUAAGCAUGUAUAAACGCAGAGUAUUUAAUUACCGGCAAAAAUUGUAUUAUUGCCGAUAAUUAAUGGUCGAGCUUUGAAACGAGAAUACUUUGUCCGAUCAAUGUACAUAGUUCGCUUAAUAUCGUAUACAGUCGAGCCUUCUUCAUAUUCUGAUCAUCCCUUAAUUAUUCUUAACGAGCUAAACUUCCAUAAGAGCCGAAGGCUUCUUCUCUCGCGUUGUUCUUUCAUUAAAUUUCACCAUUUUGUCAUGUGUAGAGUGAAAAUGAUUAGUGAAUUUAUUACAUGCGUAAAUAUGUAAUUGUAAUUUACGUAAUACGGAAUUUUCGUUUUACAACAUUGAAGCAGAAAUAGGAGCCGGGGGAAACUGAGGGAAUAAUUCGAAAUAAGAAAAAUUGUGUUGUGUGAGUUUUUAAAAUACAGAGAAGUCUGACUGUCUGAAAAGAACAAGAAUGAAUAAUUGCAGUUAAUUGUGAUUGCAUAUUUAUUA